AUGGACAAGGAGCCCCAGCUGGCAGACCCAGGCUCUUCUGGGCCGGGGAGCCAUGCUACUCGGGCGGCACAGGAGGAGCCUGGGCCCGGCCAGGGCUGCAGAUCCCGGCUGCUCUAUCUGGCGGCCCCUCAACUGAGACCACAGCCCUCCGUGGGGUGCUCACAGGGCCUUCCACACAAGCAGAGCUCUGCCCAGGGCCUGCCCGGCUCCGGAGAGGCUGAGCCACCCCAGCCCGUUGGCCCGGUGCCAGCCUGCGCCCACAUCUCGGUCCCCACGCUGGCCGCAAGCAGAGGAAAGGGAGACCCCGGCGAUGGCGAGCCCCUUCGUGCCUCUGGCUGUACCUUCGAGGAGGUGAGUGACCCAGCAGUGCCCUGUGACUACAGUCAGGCCCAGGAUGACGACUUCCAGUGGGAGCUGGUGCGGAUCCACCCUGGCACCCGGGCACCUGCGGACCUGCCCCAUGGCUCCUACUUGCUGGUCAACGUAUCCCAGCAUGGCCCGGGCCAGCGGGCACAUGUCACCUUCCAAAGCCUGAGCGAGAACGACACCCACUGUGUGCAGUUCAGCUACCUCCUGUACAGCUGGGGUGGGCACAGCCCGGGCACCCUGGGUGUCUACGUGCGGGUCAAUGGGGGCCCCCUGGGCAGUGCCGUCUGGAACAUGACUGGAUCCCACGGUCGUCAGUGGCACCAGGUGGAGCUGGCCGUCAGCACCUUCUGGCCCAAUGAAUACCAGGUGCUGUUUGAGGCCCUCGUCUCCCCUGACCGCAGCGGCUACAUGGGCUUGGAUGACAUCCUGCUUCUCAGCUACCCCUGUGCGCAGCCCCCGCACUUCUGGCGCCUGGGCGACGUGGAGGUCAACGCGGGCCAGAACGCGUCGUUCCAGUGCAUGGCGGCGGGCAGGGCUGCCGAGGGCGAUCGCUUCCUCCUGCAGCGCCAGAGCGGGGCACUGGUGCCCGCGGCCAGCGUGCGGCCCGUCAGCCACCGCCGCGCCCCGCGGGGCAGGGCGAGACCAGGUCUGGUGGAGGGCCUGGAGGACGGAGGGCCCCUGGGAUGUGAGUAUGUGGGUGCAGGCCUAGGGCUCGGGACUCGGGCGUCACCUGGGCGGCUCCCCCAUCUCCUCGCAGAGCCCCCGACCCCGAUCGCGCCCCCGCAGCUGCUGCGCGCUGGCCCCACCUACCUCAUCGUCCAGCUCAACACGCACUCGGUCCUCGGCGACGGCCCGAUUAUACGGAAGGAGAUCGAGUACCGCAUGGCACGCGGCCCCUGGGCGGAGGUGCACGCAGUCAGCCUGCAGACCUACAAGCUGUGGCACCUGGACCCCGACACAGAGUACGAGAUCAGCGUGCUGCUCACGCGCCCUGGGGAUGGCGGCACUGGCCGCCCUGGGCCAGCCCUCCUCAGCCGCACCAAAUGUGCAGAGCCCAUGCGGGCCCCCAAAGGCCUGGCUUUUGCGGAGAUCCAGGCCCGCCAGCUGAGCCUGCAGUGGGAGCCACUGGGCUACAACGUGACGCGGUGCCACACCUACACCGUGUCCCUGUGCUACCACUACACCCCGGGCCGCAGCCACAACCAGACCGUGCGGGCGUGUGCGGACGUGGAGCGGGGCGUCAGCCGCUACACCAUCAAGAACCUGCUGCCCUUCCGGAGCGUGCACGUGAGGCUUGUCCUCACGAACCCCGAGGGGCGCAAGGAGGGCAAGGAGGUCACCUUUCAGACGGAGGAGGAUGUGCCUGGCGGGAUCGCAGCCGAGUCCCUGACCUUCACUCCGCUGGAGGACAUGAUCUUCCUCAAGUGGGAGGAGCCCCAGGAGCCCAACGGCCUCAUCACGCAGUACGAGGUGGGCCGGAGCAUCGAGUCGUCGGCCCCGGCGGUGAACGUGCCGGGCCCACGCCGCACCAUCUCCAAGCUCCGCAACGAGACCUACCACGUCUUCUCCAGCCUGCUCCCGGGCACCACUUACCUGUUCUCGGUGCGCGCGCGCACGGGCAAGGGCUUUGGCCAGGCCGUGCUCACUGAGAUCACCACCAACAUCUCAGCUCCCAGCUUUGACUAUGCUGACAUGCCGACGCCCCUGGGCGAGUCGGAGGACACAGUCACCGUGCUGCUGAGGCCGGCCCAGGGCCGCGGGGCGCCCAUCAGUGUGUACCAGGUGAUCGUGGAGGCAGAGCGGCGGGGGGCGUCGGGGCGGCGGGAGCCGUGAGGCCAGGGCUGCUUCCCAGUGCCGCUGACCUUCCAGGCCGCGGUGGCCCGUGGCCUGGAGUACUACGUGGGGGCCGAGCUGGCGGCCAGCAGUCUGCUCGAGGCCAUGCCCUUCACCGUGGGUGACAACCAGACCUAUGGCGGCUUCUGGAACCCACCACUCGAAGCCAGGAAGUCCUACCUCAUCUACUUCCAGGCAGCGAGCCACCUGAAGGGGGAGACCCGGCUGAACUGUGUGCGCAUCGCCAGGAAGGCUGCCUGCAAGGAGGGCAAGCGGCCCCUGGAGGUGGCGCAGCGGUCGGAGGACAUGGGGCUCAUCCUGGGCAUCUGUGCGGGAGGGCUCGCCGUCCUCACCCUCCUGAUGGGCGCCAUCAUUGUCGUCAUCCGCAAGGGCUAACCGGCGAACAUGACCAAGGCCACCGCCAACUACCGCCAGGAGAAGACGCACAUGAUGGGUGCGGCGGACCGGAGCUUCACGGACCAGAGCACCCUGCAGGAGGAUGAGCGGCUGGGCCUGUCCUUCAUGGACGCCCACGGCUACAGCCCCCGGGGAGACCAGCGCAGUGGGGUCGCCGAGGCCAGCAGCCUCCUGGGGGGCUCGCCGCGACGUCCGUGUGGCCGGAAGGGUUCCCCGUACCACACGGGGCAGCUGCACCCUGCGGUGCGCGUGGCCGACCUCCUGCAGCACAUCAGCCAGAUGAAGACAGCGGAGGGUUACGGCUUCCAGCAGGAGGAGGAGAGCUUCUUUGAAGGCUGGGACCCCCCAAAGAGGAAAGACACGCUCGAGGGCUGGCAGGUGCCCCCCUGCCCUGCCUAUGACUGGCACCGACUGAGGCCCCACCCAGUGCCGGGCGACCCCCGCGCCGACUACGCUAAUGCCACCUAUGUGGAUAUUCGGAUAAACCGUGAAGGCUAUCACAGGUGCAACCACUUCAUAGCUGCCCAAGGGCCGAAGCCCGAGCUGACCUACGACUUCUGGCGCAUGGUGUGGCAGGAGCGCUGUGCCACCAUCAUCAUGAUCUCCCGGCUGGUGGACGUGGGCCGGGUGAAGUGCGUGCGGUACUGGCCAGAAGACUCGGACACGUACGGUGACAUCGGGGUCACACUGGCCAAGACGGAGACCCUGGCCGACUACGUCGUGCGCACCUUUGCCCUGGAGCGGAGAGGCUACUCCGCCCGGCAUGAGGUCUGCCAGUUCCACUUCACAGCAUGGCCAGAGCACGGCGUCCCCUACCAUGCCACGGGGCUGCUGGCCUUCGUCCGGCGCGUGAAGGCCUCUACGCCGCCUGACGCGGGGCCCAUUGUCAUCCACGGCAGCACGGGCUCCCCGGGCAGCGGCCCCGCCGGGUGCUACAUCGUCCUGGACGUGAUGCUGGACAUGGCGGAGUGCGAAGGCGUCGUGGACGUCUACAACUGCGUGAAGACCCUCUGCUCCCGGCGCGUGAACAUGAUCCAGACCGAGGAGCAGUACGUCUUCAUCCACGAUGCAAUUCUGGAGGCCUGCCUGUGUGGGGAAACCACCAUCCCUGUCAGCGAGUUCAAGGCUACCUACAAGGAAAUGAUCCGCAUCGACCCCCAGAGUAAUUCCUCGCAGCUGCGGGAGGAGUUCCAGACGCUGAACUCCGUCACGCCGCCGCUGAACGCAGAGGAGUGCAGCAUCGCCCUGCUGCCCCGGAACCGCGACAAGAACCGCAGCGUGGACGUCCUGCCGCCCGACCGCUGCCUGCCCUUCCUCAUCGCCACCGACGGGGACCCCAACAACUACAUCAACGCGGCCCUGACUGAUAGCUACACCCGGAGCGCAGCCUUCAUCGUGACGCUGCACCCGCUGCAGAGCACCAUGCGCGACUUCUGGCGACUGGUCUACGACUACGGGUGCACCUCCAUCGUCAUGCUGAACCCGCUGAGCCCGGCCAGCUCCACCUGGCCCUGCCUGCAAUACUGGCCCGAGCCGGGCCGGCAGCAGUACGGCCUCGUGGAGGUGGAGUUCGUGUCGGGAACGGCAGACGAAGACGUGGUGGCCCGGGUCUUCCGGGUGCAGAACCUCUCUCGGCUGCAGGAGGGACACCUACUGGUGCGACACUUCCAGUUCCUGCGCUGGUCCGCGUGCCGGGACACGCCUGACUCCAGGGCGGCCUUCCUGCACCUGCUGGCCGAGGUGGACAGGUGGCAGGCGGAGAGUGGCGAUGGGCGCACCGUGGUGCACUGCCUAAAUGGAGGCGGCCGCAGCGGCACCUUCUGCGCUUGCGCUUCGGUCCUGGAGAUGAUCCGCUGCCACAAUCUGGUGGACGUUUUCUUCGCUGCCAAAACCCUUCGGAACUACAAACCCAACAUGGUGGAGACCAUGGGUCAGUACCACUUCUGCUACGCCGUGGCCCUGGAGUACCUGGAGGGGCUGGAGGCCAGAUAGCGGCCCUGGGUUGGCAGCCGCAGCUCUCAGGGCCAGGCCACGUCCAGGACUGGCCAGGAAGACCCGGGCCUCCAGCUCUGCGCCACAGCCUGGAGGAGCACUGCUGCGGACUCCGCCAUCCAACUGCAUCUGCUGCUGCGGGCGGGGCCUCUCUGUGUCCCAUGGACAGGCUGUGAACCAGGGAGGAGCUUGGCAGGACUGCAGCCCAGCCGGGCCUCCCAGGGUCCUGCAGGCCUGCCCAGAGCCUGCUCCACCUGGCACGGGGACGGGUUCAGAAGGAGCAGCCCCGGGGGGCCCAGGCCAGGUCCCUGGACCGUAGCUCUAGGCAGACAUGAGUGAUGGCCUGCAGAGGGCCAGGCCAAGGCUCCCACCUGGCUUGGUCCCUCUGCAUAAGGGUGGAGGGUGCACUCGGGCUUGGAACCCCAUCACGAUACCCCUGGCCCCCACGUGAGGGACCUGGGAGGCUGGACUCUGUCCUGACUUGCAGCGGGACACAUCAUCCUCCCAGGGCAACUGCAGUGCCCACCCCACCCCACUGCCCCUGUGGCCCUGGGGCAUUCUGCUCACAUCCCCCCUAACACGUGUGACCCUUCCCGACACGUGUUCUGAACCUCCCAGAUGCGGGGCCUGCCCACCCCACGUGCCCAUGAGGCUCCUCCCCUGCCUGACCUGGUGUUUGCCAAAUGAGAACAAAUGAAGUCGCCUCGGCCUGCUCUUCUCACGACGUGCCGGCCUUGCUGGACUGGCUCUGCUCAGCGUGGACAGUGACAAUCUGCAAGGCUGACCAACAGUCCUGGGGCCGAGGCCCAUGGCUUCUGGGCAGGCCGUCCCUGGGGCAGGGGCAGUGCUAGAACAGGGCUGGCUAUGACCCCUAGGGCUCAGAGGAUGGGGCAUCUGGGGAUGGAGGACCAGGGCUUUUUUUUGAGGUUUUUGCCAUAGGGCAGAAGAGAGAGAAGAGGAAAGUGAGAAAUCAGUC